CGCUGCUGGUCGAAGCUCGCCGAGACGACGGAACUCUGCGCGUUCUCCUCUAUGCGCCGCCGCUCUCGUCGGCUGGUCCAGCUCUCCAUAGCUUGCAGCUAAAUGGGAAACUAUCUGAAUUCUCCAACAGCUCUCGAGAAGAAGUGUGAACUCCAUUACCAUGUCAAUAGACCAGCAAGGAAACUAGCAGCUCGCAAUGAGGGGCCUCCAAAUGCUAAACUUGACGACCUUCCACAGGAUGUGCUGUGCACAAUUCUAUCAAAGUUACCUGCAAGAGAGGCUGUACGGUCCAGUGUUUUGUCGAGUGAGUGGAGAUAUAUAUGGACAGCUUGCCCCAGGCUAAGUUUCAAUCACAAUGAUGAUGUGCGCAGGCAUGGGGGCAAACCGAAUGCACAGGUGUUUGUUGACCAUGUCAAUGAAGUUUUGCAGAAGCACCGUGGCAAGGCCAUUGACCAUCUUGAGAUCAAGUUUACAUUUCAGAGCAAUCUAACUUAUCAUCUCAAUAACUGGAUCAGGUUUGCUAUCUCGUCCCAAACAAAGAAUCUAGCUCUUGAUUUGGCACCACCGUCCGAUUUUCUGAAGCAUGGGGAUCAUUACAGAUUCCCGUUUCAGCUAUUUGACAAGGAAAGUGUAUCCUGCCUAGAGUGUCUUCAAAUCAGCUUUGUAUCUUUCAAACCACCUCCUUCCCAGUUCAUAGGUUUCCCAAACCUAAGAAAGCUCGACCUCCAUUUACUGAAUACCACGAGGCAGGAUUUUGACACUAUCUUGUGCAGCUGUGAGAAUCUCGAGUGGCUGAGUAUAGUCAGGUGCCAGCUCAAGGAUGAACUCAAGUUUAGUCGACCGUUGUCCCAGCUGCGGUACUUCAGAGUUGAGCACUGCAACAACAUAACCAAGAUACAGUUUCAUGCUGCCAAGCUCUCCACCUUUAUGUAUAGAGGAGACUGCAUACCUAUUGCUCUCCAUCAUUCUAUAAAGCUGGAAAAGGCCGAAGUUAUUUUUCACGAUUUAACUUUUCAGCAUUGUACAGCUGCACUUCUCGAUGGGCUUCCAGGUGUACAAAACCUGACGUUGGAGUUUGCAUUCCAACGAAUGGAGACUACAUGGGUGUUAGAUAGCCGUCUAGUGUUUUCUCAGCUCAGGCAUGUACAGAUAGUGAUGAUUAUGUGUGAGGAAGAUGAGGACAAGAUUCUCUACAUAGUGUCUCUUUUGAGGGUUGCUCCGUUUCUUGAAAAUCUGGAAGUACAUCUUGAUGGCUCUUAUAUAUUGUGGUUUGCAAAGGGUGGACCUUCAAAACUAGACAUUCCAGCUUGUGGAUACAAAUAUCUAAAUCUGAAGAAUAUGCACCUUACAGGAUUCAGAGCAGCAAACAGCCAUAUUCAGCUCCUUUUGCAUGUUGUGGAAAAUGCGCCUGCGAUAGAUACCUUGACCGUGGAUACAAGUGCAAGACUAGUUGAUCUGCGGAAACCGGAGAAGAUAAAGCCAGGGCUCCGUUGUGCCGCCCUUGAUACUGUUAGGGGUUGUCUGCGUGAGAGGCUUCGGCCAGGUGCCAAGCUUUACGUUCUUUAGGAUAGACAGAAUCAUUGGGAGCAGGGCACACAUCAUUCUAGGCUAGGCAGAGUAGGAUGCCAUCAUACCAGCGUAAACCGGUCGU